GGCUUCGCCCCCGUCUUCCUGCAGUUCCUGGACUGCGUGCACCAGAUCCACCUGCAGUUCCCCAUGGAGUUCGAGUUCAGCCUGUACUACCUGAAGUUCCUCAGCUACCACUACGUCUCCAACCGCUUCCGCACCUUCCUGCUGGACUCCGACUACGAGCGCAUCGAGCUGGGGCUCCUGUACGAGGAGAAGGGCGAGAGGAAGAGCCAGCAGGUCUACAAAUCUGUCUGGGAUUACAUCGACCGCCUCAACAGGAAAUUCAACUACAUGUACGCCCCCGAGGAUGGCGAGGUGCUGAGGCCGUACAGCAACAUCUCCAACCUGAAGGUGUGGGACUACUACACGGAGGAGACGCUGUCCGAGGGCCCAUCCUACGACUGGGAGCUGGCGCAGGGGCAGCCGGAGCGCGUGGAGGACGAGCGGCAGGAGGCGGGGGCGCCGCAGAGCAAGCGCAGGAUCAUCUGGCCCUGCUACGACAACCGCGGCCGCGCCGAGCCCGACGCCAUCUCCAAACUCCUGGAGGAGCUGCACAACCUGGAGAUGGAGCUGGGGCAGGUCCCGGAGCGCUGGAAGGACACGUGGGACAAGGUCAAGGCCUCGCAGCGCAGCGAGACGCGGCAGGAGGGCAGCCGG